AUGGCUUUACUCGGGGCUCAAUUGGUUAUAACACUGAUUAUGGUAUCAGUAAUACAGAAGCUAGGAAAUUAUUCAUUUGCAAGAUGGUUAUUAUGUUCUCAAGGCUUAUAUCGGUAUUUAUAUCCAGAUAAUAGUGAAUUAAAGACUUUGGCGGGAGUGCCGAAGGAUAAACCAAAAGGAAAGAAAGGCGGCAAAUAUGAAUCAAAUGGCAAACCAGAAACGUUUCAUGUUCCUAGGAGCUUAGAUAUCCAACUAGAAACAGCUCCAGUUACUCCUUUAGAUGUUGUUCAUUUAAGAUUCUACACAGAAUAUAUUUGGAUAGUAGAUUUUUCACUAUACACUGCCAUUGUUUAUAUUAUGUCAGAGAUUUACACAUCAAUAUUCCCAUUAAAAGAUGAAUUCAAUUUGAGUAUGGUAUGGUGUUUGCUGGUUGUGUUGUUUUCAUUUAAAAUACUGUUGUCUCUCACAAAGCAGUACUUCACAAGCGAGGAGUCUAUUGGGGAAAGAUCUACUUGCAUUGUGGCAUUUUGUGUAUUUUUACUUAUAGCUAUGAUCGUAUUGAUUGUGGAUGAAAAAAAUUUGGAAGUAGGUGUGGACCCAGCGUAUGAUAGUUUUUAUGAUAAUGCAUCAAAGUUUUUAGAAAAUCAAGGGUUGACUUCAGUAGGUCCAGCUUCAAAAUUGGUAUUAAAAUUCUCAUUGGCUGUGUGGGCAGCAAUAAUUGGCACAUUGUUCACAUUCCCCGGUCUCCGAGUGGCUAGGAUGCAUUGGGAUUCAUUGAGAUACUAUGGAGACAACAAAGUUAAAGGUCUAUUACUGAACAUUAAUUUUGCUAUGCCAUUUGUGUUAGCUAUGCUGUGGGUUCGUCCAGUUGCAAAACAUUAUUUGGCUGUCAGAGUAUUUAGUGGCAUGGAAAAACCUCUUAUGACAACUCAAGCAUUCGACACUCUCCGUCUCAUCCUAGUAAUAGUGACUAUAGCACUACGCAUAGCACUGAUGCCACGACAACUGCAAGCAUACUUGGAUAUGGCACAGCGUAGACUUGAUGUACAAAAAAAAGAAGCGGGAAGAAUAACCAACAUCGAUUUGCAAAAAAAAAUUGCAUCAGUGUUCUACUAUCUGUGUGUAGUGGCGUUACAAUAUGUAUGUCCGAUCAUCAUGUGUCUAUACUUUGCCCUCAUGUAUAAAACUCUGGGAGGAUACUCCUGGUCCUCACUGUUGUAUGAUGAAGGGAGUGAGAGUAACUCUAGUGAGGGUUCAGUUAUUAACUUAGAAGGUAUGGAACAGUUCCAGAUGGCGUGGGAGAAUUUGAAAAUGAUAUUCACUUCAGAAGUGUAUAGAGGAGUGUUUGGCUUCGCGACCUGGUGGUGUUGCUUUGCGUGGUUCAUCACCACCUCCCUCGGCACCAUGUAUCAGACUUACUUCAGAAUCUCA